CAUAGAUAAAUAUAUAGAUCCUUCUUUUUCUUAACUAAAGCAUGGCUCUUAAACCAAGUACUAUUGCCCUUAUUUCUACAGCUGUUGCUGCUUCUUUUGGUAUUGGCUAUUUAAUCUAUUUUGAUCAUAAACGCCGCAACGACCCUCAAUACAAAAAACAGAAAAAAUUAGAACGUAAAAAGGCAGCCAAGCUCGAGAAAGAAUUCAAACAAAAAGAAGUCCAGUCUGUGGAGACCUUAAUUAAGUAUGUCAUUGAUAAAGUCAAUGCAGAGACGUUUCCUACGACAGCAGAAGCGGUUGAAGCUUAUUUUGUGGAUCAAGUAGCUUUGGGUGAAGAAUGCAUUAAACAAGGCCAAGAAGAAGCCAGUGUUGAACAUUUCUAUAAGGCACUCAAAAUUUAUCCUGCACCUUUGGAACUCAUCAUGAUUUAUCAAAAGACAGUGCCCGAAAAGGUAUAUCGUCUUAUUGUAACUAUCAUGGCUAUGGAGCAACAACAACGUCAAAAUAAAUUUUAUGAAGAAUUUCCUCCUUCGGAAACACGCCUCAAAUUAAAAGAAGUAUCUAAAGAAGGCGAAAAUAGCAUUUAUGGCCUUGUGGCAGAAGAAAGUAUUAAAGCAGGAGACGAAAUCUAUGCCGAAAAACCACUUGUUGCAGCUCUUUAUCCUCAAUUACAGGGCUCUUAUUGUAGCUAUUGCAUGAAGAAAUUGAACGAUCAACCAGUUGAAUGUGCCAAUUGCGAUCAAGUCAAGUUUUGUAGCAAAGAAUGUGAACAAACUGCUACUCAACAAUACCACCAAUUUUUGUGUACCAAUAACAAGCUCUCGCUUGAUCAAAAAGCUUCCAGCUUUUUAAAUUUUUCUGUCGACAAUAAGCUUCAAUAUCCUCAAAUGAUCGCUCAAUUCUUGUCUGGUAUGGUAGCUGAAGAAGUAGAGAAGAACAAGACGGGUAAACCUACUUCAACUUAUACAAAUUGGGACCAUAUUGAACGAUUCAAGAGCGAGCCAUUGGAAAUCUCUCAAGCAUCUAUCAAAGAAGCUACACUCAUCAAAGAAUUAUUGAGCUCAAAAAUCCCUGGUUUGGACGAAUUCUUGAAAGAUGAUAUCUAUCUCUUGAUGAAAAGCAAAUUGAUUGGCAAUUGCUUUGAGGUAGCUACAAACGAGCAAGGAUUUGUACCCGUAGAGAAAUCCGACCAAGAACCUAUUCGUGUACUAAACAACCAUCAAAAGGGGUUGGGUAGUGCCAUUUACAAGAUUUCUUCUUACAUUGGAAGUGAUAAAGAAGGCAAUGUAGAUGUGAACUUUAAGGACAAUACCAAUGUUGUUGUUGUUAAAGCUACUAAAGAAAUUGCUCAAGGAGAGCAAAUCAAGGUUUCUAUAACAGAUUCCGUUACACCUUACACUAUAGAAUAAACUAUAUAUAUAUAUCUUUUCAAAUGAUAA